CCUGCUUGCAGGAGUACCCAGUCAUCUAGUUGGAAAAGCCGCCAGAUGGAAUACAAAAGGAGAAACCCAGACGCUCAUGGAGACAGCCUCGGUUCAUAAAUCAGGUGGGGCCGGGGGCUGGGGGCCCAUAAGCCAUGGAGCCCGACUCCCUCCUGGACCAAGACGACUCCUACGAGUCGCCCCAAGAAAGGCCAGGCUCCCGGCGCAGCCUGCCCGGCAGCCUGUCGGAGAAGAGCCCCAACAUGGAGCCCUCAGCCGCUACGCCGUUCCGGGUCACGGGCUUCCUCAGCCGCCGCCUCAAGGGCUCCAUCAAGCGCACCAAGAGCCAGCCCAAGCUGGACCGCAACCACAGCUUCCGCCACAUCCUGCCGGGGUUCCGGAGCGCCGCCGCCGCCGCCGCCGCCGCGGACAAUGAGAGGUCCCAUCUGAUGCCAAGGCUGAAGGAGUCUCGCUCCCACGAGUCCUUGCUCAGCCCCAGCAGCGCGGUGGAGGCGCUGGACCUCAGCAUGGAGGAGGAGGUGGUCAUCAAGCCCGUGCACAGCAGCAUCCUGGGCCAGGACUACUGCUUCGAGGUGACAACGUCGUCAGGAAGCAAGUGCUUUUCCUGUCGGUCAGCAGCCGAGCGGGAUAAGUGGAUGGAGAACCUACGGCGAGCAGUGCACCCCAACAAGGACAACAGCCGGCGUGUGGAGCACAUCCUGAAGCUGUGGGUGAUCGAGGCCAAGGACCUGCCGGCCAAGAAGAAGUACUUGUGCGAGCUGUGCCUGGACGACGUGCUCUACGCCCGCACCACGGGCAAGCUCAAGACGGACAAUGUCUUCUGGGGCGAGCACUUUGAGUUCCACAACCUGCCGCCCUUGCGCACCGUCACCGUCCACCUAUACCGGGAGACUGACAAGAAGAAGAAGAAGGAGCGCAACAGCUACCUGGGCCUGGUGAGCCUGCCCGCCGCCUCAGUGGCCGGGCGGCAGUUUGUGGAGAAGUGGUACCCGGUGGUGACGCCCAACCCCAAGGGCGGCAAGGGCCCCGGGCCCAUGAUCCGCAUCAAGGCGCGCUACCAGACCAUCACCAUCCUGCCCAUGGAGAUGUACAAGGAGUUUGCCGAGCACAUCACCAACCACUACCUGGGGCUGUGCGCGGCCCUCGAGCCCAUCCUCAGCGCCAAGACCAAGGAGGAGAUGGCGUCGGCCCUGGUGCACAUCCUGCAGAGCACGGGCAAGGUGAAGGACUUCCUGACGGACCUGAUGAUGUCAGAGGUGGACCGCUGUGGGGACAAUGAGCACCUCAUCUUCCGGGAAAACACACUGGCCACCAAGGCCAUCGAGGAGUACCUCAAGUUGGUGGGCCAGAAGUACCUGCAGGAUGCACUAGGCGAGUUCAUCAAAGCGCUGUAUGAGUCCGACGAGAACUGCGAAGUGGACCCCAGCAAGUGCUCGGCCGCUGACCUCCCCGAGCACCAGGGCAACCUCAAGAUGUGCUGUGAACUGGCCUUCUGCAAGAUCAUCAACUCCUACUGCGUCUUCCCCCGGGAGCUGAAGGAGGUGUUCGCCUCGUGGCGGCAAGAGUGCAGCAGCCGCGGCCGGCCGGACAUCAGCGAGCGGCUCAUCAGCGCCUCCCUGUUCCUGCGCUUCCUCUGCCCGGCCAUCAUGUCCCCCUCGCUCUUCAACCUGCUGCAGGAGUACCCCGAUGACCGCACGGCCCGCACCCUCACCCUCAUCGCCAAGGUUACUCAGAACCUGGCCAACUUUGCCAAGUUUGGCAGCAAAGAGGAGUACAUGUCAUUCAUGAACCAGUUCCUGGAGCACGAGUGGACCAACAUGCAGCGCUUCCUGCUGGAGAUCUCCAACCCCGAGACCAUCUCCAACACAGCCGGCUUCGAGGGCUACAUCGACCUGGGCCGGGAGCUGUCCAGCCUGCACUCGCUGCUCUGGGAGGCUGUCAGCCAGCUGGAGCAGGGCAUCGUAUCCAAACUGGGUCCCCUGCCUCGGAUCCUGAGGGACGUCCACACAGCGCUGAGCACCCCGGGCAGCGGGCAGCUCCCAGGGACAAACGACCUGGCCUCCACGCCUGGCUCCGGGGGCAGCAGCAUCUCGGCCGGGCUGCAGAAGAUGGCGAUCGAGAGUGAUCUCUCUGGUCUGGUAGAUUUCACCCGGUUACCGUCUCCAACCCCCGAAAACAAGGACUUGUUUUUUGUCACAAGGUCCUCCGGGGUCCAGCCCUCACCUGCCCGCAGCUCGAGCUACUCAGAAGCGAACGAGCCCGACCUUCAGAUGGCCAACGGCGGCAAGAGCCUGUCCAUGGUGGACCUCCAAGACACCCGCACGCUGGACGGGGAGGCGAGCUCCCCGGCGGGCCCCGACGCCCUCGCCAACGACGGGCAGACGCCUGCAACUCAGCUGGUGGCUGGGUGGCCAACCCGGGCAGCCCCCGUGAGCCUGGCAGGGCUGGCCACCGUGCGGCGGGCAGGCCAGACGCCGACCACACCGGGCACCUCGGAGGGCGCACCAGGCCGGCCCCAGCUGUUGGCACCACUCUCUUUCCAGAACCCUGUAUACCAGAUGGCGGCCGGCCUGCCUCUGUCACCCCGUGGCCUUGGCGACUCAGGCUCUGAGGGCCACAGCUCCCUGAGCUCCCACAGCAACAGCGAGGAGCUGGCGGCCACCGCCAAGCUGGGGAGUUUCAGCAGCGCCGCUGAGGAGCUCGGACGACGGCCGGGGGAGCUGGCGCGGCGGCAGAUGUCGCUGACUGAAAAGGGCGGGCAGCCCACAGUGCCGCGGCAGGCCAGUGCUGGCCCCCAGCGCCGGAUCGACCAGCCGCCACCCCCGCCCCCACCGCCACCUCCUGCCCCCCGUGGCCGAACACCACCCACCCUGCUGAGCACCCUGCAGUACCCUCGGCCCUCGAGCGGGACCCUGGCAUCGGCCUCGCCGGAUUGGGCGGGCCCUGGGGCCCGGCUGCGGCAGCAGUCCUCCUCCUCCAAGGGCGACAGCCCCGAGCUGAAGCCGCGGGCGGCACACAAGCAGGGCCCUUCACCCGUGAGCCCUAAUGCCCUGGACCGCACAGCUGCUUGGCUCUUGACCAUGAACGCGCAGUUGUUAGAAGACGAGGGCCUGGGCCCAGACCCCCCCCACAGGGAUAGGCUAAGGAGUAAGGAGGAGCUCAGCCAAGCAGAAAAGGACCUGGCAGUGCUGCAGGACAAGCUGCGAAUCUCUACCAAGAAGCUGGAGGAGUAUGAGACCCUAUUCAAGUGCCAAGAGGAGACAACGCAGAAGCUGGUGCUGGAGUACCAGGCGCGUCUGGAGGAGGGUGAGGAGCGGCUGCGGCGGCAGCAGGAGGACAAGGACAUCCAGAUGAAGGGCAUCAUCAGCAGGUUGAUGUCAGUGGAGGAGGAGCUGAAGAAGGACCACGCAGAGAUGCAAGCAGCUGUGGACUCGAAGCAGAAGAUCAUCGAUGCCCAGGAGAAACGCAUCGCCUCCCUGGACGCCGCCAACGCCCGCCUCAUGAGCGCCCUGACGCAGCUGAAAGAGAGGUACAGCAUGCAGGCCCGUAACGGCAUCUCCCCCACCAACCCCACCAAAUUGCAGAUUACCGAGAACGGCGAGUUCCGAAACAGCAGCAAUUGCUAACCUGUCCAGGAGAGGGAGGACUGGUGCCCGGGCCGGCCUCGGCCUGGGGGCGCCCCACAGUGGCAGCCCCAGCACAGGGGCAAGAGGCCGAGGCUCGUCUCCCCGCGCCCUCUGCCCGGCGGCCACAGAGGGAGCCGAGAGAGACCGACGCGGCGGGAGCCCCCUCUUCUGCCCAAGAAGCUGGGUGCAGGCCGAAGAGACCGCGCGUGGGAGUGGGACAGCGGGGGGCAGGGCCGGCCACGUGCCUGUUGGUUGUCGCAUUGGGUGUGUGCCACCUCUCCUCCACCCCGCAAGGGCAUGUCCCCCGCUCCCCAGGGAGGGAGCUGCCUGGAGAGGUGGGGGUUACAGAGCUGGGCCCAGGCUCCCUGGCGGCCAGCCCCUCCCUGUGGCACCUGCCCCUGGGUUUCCGGAGCUGGGAGCUGGCAGGUCAGGGGCAGCCAGAGAGAGGGCGGGGAGGACGCAGCUGCCAGAGUCCCGUGUCCCCUGCCGUGUCCCCUGCCGGCGCUGAGUACCUGCCACUGCAUGCAGCCUGCCGGGGCCCUGCCCGCUGUGAGGAACCGAGGACUCCCCGUACCUGUCCCCACAUCCCCGCCUCCCCGCCUCCCGCCCUCACGUACUCUGCCAGAAGACCCAGCGAGGCCCCUCUCUCCUGGGCCCUCGCGCCCUCGCACCUGUGGGGAGCACCCAGGGCCUCCCUCACCUGCCACCUGGCCCCAGGCUGAUGUCUGGAGCUCCCAAAGCCAAAGACCUGGGCAGAGCCAGCCGGGCGGCACUGCGUGCGGCCUGCCCCCCUGUGGCCCCGCAGGGAGCGGCCGCUGGUGCCCUCCCUGAGGGACAGGCUGAGCUCUCCUCCCUGAGGGUGAGAGUUCUAGUGCCCGCAGACCCUGAGAAGGUGGGUAACUGUGAUUUUUCUUCCUUUCACAGUAUGCAUUAGAAACAAAGCCCGCUUGCUCGCUUGCUGGAACACAGGGGCCUUUUAAAUUGAGCGUGCGCACUGCAUGGGAAAUAGCGGCCCUGGAGGAUGCUAGACUUGCUUUCUCUCCAAGACAGCAGCGGCCUGCACCAGGCCCGUGUGCGGCCAGCCUCCUCCUCACCCUUCCCGGGCCCCCAGCCGAGGACCCAGGCGCUGCAGACAGGCGAGGGCACACCCCACAGCUGGGGCCGGUUCUCCUCAGCUCUAGGCUGUUCUGUAGCAUUCCAGCCUCCCCACCCCACUUGUGGGAUGUAGGUGGGCAGGAGCUUGGGUCUCCUUGCUCCCAGCGCCAACCCUGGGUACAAAGCUGGGGCGUUUGCCCCGCGGCAGAGCCAGGGCCGAACCAGGGCACCCCUCUGCCUCAGCUUCAGCCAGCUGAGGGCACCCUUGGAAAGAGCACUGAGCCCUUCCCGCCCCGGGUUCUGGAGAGAUGCCACCAGGGCCGGGGUCACCGCAGAUCCCACCGGGAGGGGGGUGGCCCAGACCACACUGGACCCCUGUCCGGCCGGCACUCAGGGUCGGGCUCUGAGAUGAAACUCACAGUGCAGUCAGGCCAGAGACACGCUGGCGGGGCGAGGGCGGCCCCGUGGUCACAGACCUCAGGAAGGAGGGCCGUGGGGCCAAGGCCCUGACCCCGGUCUCACAGGCAGGGCCUGGCCCCAGUGAUGUCCUCUGGUUCAGUUUUGUCCCCCACUGCCCAGUGAGCCCUCCCCUCCUCCCAACCCCACCCCUCUCCCACAUAGAGCGACCUCGGACUGAGCACCUCUUAGCAAUACAGGGGGAGGUUCCCAGGGCCCGGCGGCAGGUGCUGGAGGCCGGCGCAGUGGCCGGUGCUCACGGCCUUUGGCUGGGCUGUGAGCUCUCUGGCCGAGAACCUUAUUUACCUAGUGCAAAAACUGUAAAAGUGUACAGACUCCGCAGAUUUUUAUCUGGAUUGCAAGUCUGACCAUUUUUGUAAAUGUUCCUGGUGUUUGACUGUAAUGUAACUAUUUCACCUAAUGGUUGUACAUAGUCCUAUAGUCCUGGUGCUGCCAAGGCCCACCCGGGACCGCUGCUCUCUGAGGGUUUGUAUUUUAUACUUUAAUCUAGAGAACAGUAUUGGGCAGGAGG